GAUGUCAUUUCUUCAACUCACUCCACAGGAGAUAUAGGAAAUAACCAAGUGAAAUCUGUUUCGUGGCGUGUCAACGAAAUGUAGCUAAUUUUAGGAACGUUUGCGUCGAAAACGUAAUCUCAAAUUGGCGUUAUUACGUAUUUUGGUGCUCGUCUUUCGUAGAGCUGUGUUUGCAAACCAUUAUCGAGCCAAGUACUGUAUUUUACAUUGGAAACAUCUCACUUCACACUACCAAACAAAAAUGUCACAAAAACUCCAAGAAGACUGAACAUCUGUCAAGGAAAAGACGUUGCUUGUGGCUUCCACGAAUCAGAAGAGCUGAUUUCACUCCGGCCGGAUACCUAGUCCAUACGUCCGUGUUUGUUCUUUGUUGAAGAUGGCGUCCGAAGGGCAAGAUGUCACCCAGUGCAGCAUCUCGCCAGUUCUCUUCAUGACUGUGGAAGGAGAGCCCCUUGCCUUUUAUCUGCGUCCGGGCCCUAUCAAGAGCAAGCUGCAGCCUCUCAUCAAAGCCGGGGGAGGCAUUAUGUGCAAUGUCCAGAAGCCUGGAGCAAUUUUGCUGAUCGACCCUGAAGAAAAAGGCACUGUUAGUGAGAACACAGCUCACCGGUACGUGUCUAUCCAGUACAUCCACGAUUGUGUGGAGAAAGAUGAACAGCUGAACCUAGAGGACUACAGAAUGAAAGGUGGAACGGUCCCGAUGCGUUCUCCAAAAUCUGGUGAUGGUGACGUGAUGUCUCACGCUAAUUCAGGAGGCAGGCAAGCGUACAGCCCUGACGAAGACGCCGCCAUUCUGAAUUACGUCAGCCGGCAAAAGUCCGAAAUUAAGGGCAACCGUCUCUGGCAGCGGAUGGAAAAGGAGCGCGUGACCACUCACAGUUGGCAGUCAAUGAAAGCCCAUUACAAAAGUCACCUGGCUCAGAAACAGUCAGAAGACGUCGAGGAGGCGGAAGCAGUCGGAGAAGACGCCAAGAACAAUGACAAAGCUGAAGUGUCCGACAGUCCAUCCUGUGAAGAUGCUUCUCUUCCUCAAGUAGACUGUGAGCCAGGAGACCCUCCGCAAACUAACUCUGCUGAUGAGCUAACACAGAUUGACUUGCUCUUGGCAUCUGAAAAAGGACCACUGGGUGAUGUCCAAGCUCAAACAUCUGUCCCUCCCCAGCCAGAGGAGAAGAUCUUGAACCUGCCCGGGGACAAAAUCCAACAAGCGACAACUGCUGAAGCAGAAAUGUGCGUCUGCUCAAGGUCAGAGGAGAGCACCGAACCCGGACCAGACCAGCUGCAAGCAAAGACAUCGCCUCAAAAUGAACAAACACCGGAGAGCACAGAUCCCACCUCGUCAGAGCCCCAAAGCGAUGGUUCGACAAGUAACGAUGUAGUGCAGCCCGUGCGUGUGCCUCGGCACUCAUUGCGCAGCUCGGUGCAUAGACGGUUCGAGGAUUCUGAGGAAGAACCAUACACCACAAAGCUCCGUUCAUCAUCAUCGUCAUCAUCAGCAGCAGCUUCUGUCAGGCGACUGCCAUCCUCCCCUCCCACCCCAAGGAGAACCAGGUCAGCCUUGUCCUUUCUUCAAGAAGAAACCAGAGAGGAGGAGCCGCCUUCUAAGAGAGCAAAAGGAGAGAGCUCAUCCGCAACAGCAGAUGAAGCACCAGAAGAAGCAACAGCAGCAAUAGAAGAAGAAGCAGCAGUAGCAGGAGGAGAAAAAGAAGCAGCAGCAGAAGAAGAAGCAGCAGCAGCAGCAGCAGAAGAAGCAGCAGAGAGUCAACAAGAGGAUGUCGAGCAGCCUCCUGCCACACCACAAGCAGGUCCAUCUCAUGUCAACCAGCCAAGUGAGUCCAAACCAAGGCAGACACAAAGGAAGAAGAAGAGGAAGCUGGGAAUUAUUGAGAGAGCCACAAAAGAGUUUUUGAGCACCUCCAGUAGCAGCUCCAGUGACAGUAGCAGUGACAGUGACAGUGACAGUGACAGUGAAAGUGAGUCCCGUGUGGAAGUUUUCCGAACCCCGUCCGAAACAGCGGUGCCGGAAUCACUGGCCUCCGCGGAAGUUUGUCCAGCUCAGCCCGACACGCCCUCCCCUGAAGGAGAACCCGUCGUAUGGAAGACCCCGCCACAGCGCCGUCUUUCUCCGGAACCAAGCAGCACUGUGAGGGUGGCAUCCAAAGCUCAAAUGGACGAUGAGUCUUCUAAAGAAGACUCUGUCCCACCAGAGCGAGUUCAGCUUGAGGAGGACAAGCAGCGCAUCAGAGAGCUGAUGAAGCAGACAAACCAGGACUUGAAGUCUGUCACUAAAGCCUUGCUGAAGGCCAGCGGCGACGUCUCGGCUGCCUCGCGCCUGCUUUCGGAUCCCGUGUCCUUCUGCGUACCACUUUGGAACCGCAGAGACGACAGCUUCCUAUUGUCGGCCGACCCCGCUGCUUUCCGGCAGCUACAGGGGAAGUACGGUGAGGAGGGUGUUGCCAAGCGGAUGGUGUUCCUCAAUGUGGAGCGGUGAAAAUGUGGAACAUGCCCGCCUGUUUUUCUUUUAUUUUUUUAAAAGGCAUUCCUGAUAUGUAGUUAGGUGAUUUUAGAUCUGUUUAAUACUCUAUUCUAUUUGGGUAUUUUACCCUGAAUUCACCUCUGACUGUUUUUAAAGUUGUUCGAAUUAAGCCGCAUAAUAAAUCAUUAAAUACCCUUUAUCAAAAAAUAACACUGGUUUACUCUCUCUUUCGUCUCGCUGAGGGCAGCAUAGCGAUUUAGUGGUUAUCACCUGCCUCACAGGUGAGAGGUUCUGGGUUUGAACCUCAAAGCUAAUCUCGUGAGACUCAGUGAGCAUGAAGUUUUGUUUUGUUGUAUGUACCUCUUCCCCACUUGCACCUAAAAAAAAUUAAAUAAAAAAUAGGCCAGUUAUUACCAUGUUUUGUCAUGCAAACCUGUUGAAACACCAUACAUAAUGCAUUAUGGGUAUUUUUAAAAAACGUUUGAAAAAAAUAUUUUACUCAAAUCUGAGGUGUGCAUACACCACAGGUUGUGAAUACCUUAAAAGUGCUACGAGAUGACUAUCGCUGAGCAAACAGGUGAGUAGCUUUACUUAUUUUACUUUUAUUGUACAGCAGUUACUAGUACUAUCAUAGUUACUUCUCUUUACUUGUAAUAUAUUUAGGGAUAUUAAAAUGUUCAUUAAAACAGCUGUACAGUUAAAGCAUUUUAAGUAAUUAAUUUACUCAAUAUUUCCUGUGACGAAGCCAUUUUGAUGUCUUUCAGUAUUCACACAAUAAGACAUGAGACAAAGAAUUCUCCCCUCACUGUUUAUUUCAGCUUAACACUAGAUUGAGUACAUUCAUUAUUUUUGUCCCACCCCCACAUGAAUAUGUUAUUACUUAUUUUAAGAAUUAAAAAACAAAAUAAAAAUGCAAAAAAAAAAAAA